AUGCUGGCCGGGCGGGCCGUGGCUCUCCUGUCGCUGACCUGGAGCGCCUACCAGAGCCUGGCCAUCCCCCGGGUCACACAAUGUGGCCUCUCCUGCUCCCAGGGCUUCGUCUGCAGGAGCCGCCGGAACCGGAGCAUACUGAACAGCUUCUGCCGGCCACGGCCCGCGUCCCUGUCGCCGUCAGUCCUGGGGGCCCUGACGCUCUCCACUGCCCUGAAGUGCGGCCCGCGGGGCGGCUGCUCCUUGCUGCUGCGCGUGCUGGCCUCCCUGACGCUGCCUGAGAGCCUGCGGGGCCUGGAGGCCUGCUGCACGAGCCCGGACACCCAGGAGACGCGCUGCCAGAGCGUGCGGGUCUCCCGCGCCCCUCAUCAGCCGCAAGAGGGGCAGCAGCUCCAGGUGCACUUUGACUGCUUCGAGGUGGGCGUGGCCCAGAGCCUCCACGUCACCCUGAGGACUGUCCCGCAUUUCUGUGGGGUCCAGCUGGAGCGGCAGCACCGUGUGGAAGGCUGCGGAGACGAGGACGUGGGGAGGAACGUGCCGGCCUGCCUGGGCGGGAAGCUGUCCUACCGCGUGGACCGCAGCCGCAAGGUCGUCCUGGUCCAGGUGCCGGAGGCCCCCGGGGCUCCUGACUACUUCGUGCGACUCUGCCGCAAGUGGUUCAUCUGCGAGGACGCGGGCGCGCCAGUGCGGGUGACAGCGAACAGCGUCUCCAGGACGGUCUCUCUGCCCUACAGCCAGGAGCUGCCCUGCCUGUGCCUGGAGAGCUGGCCUGCGACCCCAGAUGCAGUGCGGACCCAGACCUGCCCCUUCGAAGCCGACACAGAGGCGCUGUGGGAGGCCAUCCGCUACCACCCCAGGAGCCAGGCGCUCAGCUGGGAGCCCGCCUGCCCCGUGAGCGGCCACGUGAGCCUGUGCUGGCGCCCGGACCCAGGGGCCCAGUGCCUGGAGCUGAAGCGCUCAGACCGGCCGGCCCACGGCAGGGUGCAGUACUCGCUGGUGGACACCCAGCCCCAGCUCUGCCUCAGGUUCUCCACCAGCCAGGGCUUCUGGGUGAGGUGCCCUUUCCAGCAGCCGCGCUUCCCAGCCUGGAAGAUGGCCGUCCAGCCGGCACCCUCGCCGGGCCACCUCCGGGUCACCUUCUUCUCGCCCAGCCCCGCCCGCUUCCAGGUGUGCCUGGGUCACCGAAGGAAGGCGUGGCCCCCUCCCUGCCACCGGCCGCUCCAGGCCACCGUCCUCUCUCCGGCCUCGGCUAAUCUCACCGCGGUCGAAGCCUUCGUGGACGUCCCCAGGGACAAGGCCUGCGGGCCGGACACCUGCAUCCAGGGCUGGAGGACCGACCUGCACUUCUCAGCCCCCCGGCAGCUGUGUGACGUCCCCUGUGGAGAUCGGGGCGUCCCUCGGGCCCAGACUCCUGGGGCCUCGGGCUUGGCCGAAGACAGAGGAACCCCAGCCUCGCCCCCCGACACCCGCAUGCCCACGGCCUUGUGCUCCUACCGCAGGUCGCCCGGGGUAGAGGGGCCUGGGUGUGAGGCCGAGGCCGAGGCCGAGGUCGGCCCUCUGCGUGCGGGCGACCAGCACCGCCUGCUGAAAGAGAACCGUCGCUGCUCCACCGAAGGGCACCUGCACUCUUGCCAGGAAGUCCUGCAGGUCCGUUGCUGGGCUGCGUCUCCUGUCCCCCGGGGCCGUGCGGGUGCCUGUCGGGUGCUGAAGUGA